CCUCUACCCAACAGCCCCCUCUCAACAUUGCCAUUGAACCUGACCCGUCUCCAUCUGACCACAUCCCCUGCCAUACUGCCUGGCUCGCAUAGCUUCUUUCAGAAAUCAAAGCAAUAUUAUCUUUCGUUAUGGCUGCAUUAUCGUGUCGCUCUUCCCGUGCUUUGAAGUACCUCCCCAAUGGUAACCGCCAAGUUCGGAUGUUCCAUGACACCAGCAGUGCUGCCAAUCCGUCCCCAUUGCUUGCGUCGGAGAGGACCUCACAGUAUGCUCCUCAGAGAUUAGUUGAUUUGAAGUCGGAAUGCCGCCGGAGGGCCUUGAAAGUCAGCGGGUCUAAAGCAGAGCUGGCUCAACGCCUCAUGAGCCACGAUAUCGCACAUUCUCGUGGUUUUUCGUCGGUUGUGCAACAAGUCUCAAAGCGAUCAACCCUCUCUGCAGCUACCCCGCAAUUGAAACGGGAAUUCAAUGUCUCGACAGCUAUGGGAGCCGUGCGCGAUGACUCCACCAUAGAUUUCGCCUACAUGCCCGACCUUAGUGAGUCGCAGGAGCAGAGGCGCGAAUGGGUCCGAGUCCCGCUCUUGCCUGACAACUAUGCUCCCCAGCGCUCGGGUGCUAACAAGGAGGCUACUGAAGCCAUAGACACGGUCAUUCGCCCCGAGAUUAGCACCGUGAGCCCGGACAACAGCCACGUUUCAACCUCAUCGGCAGUCACAGAUGUCCUAGACAAUUCUGCCGCGGGAAUCAACACCCAGGGUUUGGCGGACAGCCUCUCGAACGUGGCGAGUAAGCUGGCAGGCACAUCUGCGGAGGAGCUGAAACAACCUGGAACACUGAAGACGUUGUGGAGCGGGUUUCUAGAUGACUUGCUUGGCCCGAAGGGAUCAUCAAAGCAUUGAAUUGCCCGCUCAACGAGAGCGGAAGUAGCUCAUUGAAAGCGAUUCUGACCAUGAGGACGUUGAAAGAUUAAUAUCUCAAAUGUCGAACAUAGGAUAUUUUCCAAAUUUCAAUUUAAUUGCAUCAUCAUC